AUGGUCAAAGCCAUUAUUGAGUUUACAAAAACUGUCUAAAAGAAAAAACUUGCAAAUAAAAACCUAGAAUCUUGAGCCAUUUUUUAAAGAUCACCUAGACUGCUCCGAACCGCCACCCACCACCUCUGCUGCCUCUCUCUUUUCCGGCAAACCCUCCACUUUCUUCCUUAGCUACUCUUCAUGUCUAAUAGAAAACAUUAAUAUGUGUUCAAACAUUAAUAUAUAAAUAAUAAUAAGUUGUCUUGAUCUUCUAAUACAUAUAAUAUGUCUCCUCCUUCCUUUUUCAUGAUGUUGCUUGACCCAUUAGCUCCUCACCUGGCAUUGCCACCUGAAUUUGUCAAGAGGUACAAAAUCCCAAAAGACCCAAUACUUAAAUCUGCAAAUGGAGGGUAUUUAUGGAGAUUAAAGAUGCAAAAAAUUGGAAAAAGCUACUGUUUUUCAGAUGGAUGGGACAAUGUGGUUCAAGAUCUUCAAUUACAAUUUGGGGAUUUUCUUGUUUUUUGGCUUGUUGAUAAAUCCACUUUCAAAGUUUCAAUCUUUAACUCAAAUGGGUGUGAAAAAGAUGUUGAUGAUGGUAAUCCUUUCUUUAUGACCACUCUGACUAAAAGCCAGAAAAAUGUCUUGUGGCUUCCAGCGGAGUUUGUGGAGUUGACUGGAGUAAAUGGUAAGAAAGCUAUAAUUUUGAAGAAUCUUGAUGGUGAGGAGUGGAAAAUGAGUGUGCAGUCGAAAACAAGCAAGCAGCAGUUAAGGUACUAUCUGUCGUCGAAUUGGCUUGAUUUCCAACUAAGAAAUGAGUUAUUUGAAGGAGAUGAAUGUGUGUUCAAGUUCAUCAGAAGUGAAGAUAAGUUGUGCCUAGCAAAAGUCACCAAGAAUCAAUCGGCCAGCCGUAUUUCAGCAACUGAAGUACUGGAGAGGAUGUGAGCAGCAGCUCAUGAUCACGAAUCAAAAGAUGGUGUUGUGGAUAGUGAAGAUGACUGUGUCGAGGUGGCGGUCAAGAGACCAUGUGGAGAGUCACCUCAGCAAUAAUCUCAUGUUAAUUAUAGUUAGAAGUUAUUAAUUGUAUAUGUAAUUAAAACAAAAAUCCUCUUUUGGCCAUUAGUAAUUUGGUAUUGAGGUUUAUGUACAUGUAGUUUAAACAAAAA